AUGUGUUGGUCAGAAGGAGGCCAGGAGAACGCCUGCAACAAACUGUCUGCGGCCUAUGCCCGUGGGAGCACUCUCGUGCAUCUGAGGAUACACACUAAUGAAAAACCAUAUUCUUGUGAGUAUUGUAGAAAGGCAUUUUCUGUUAGAUCAAAUUUGAAAACCCAUUUGAGGAUACACACUAAUGAAAAACCAUAUUCUUGUGAGUAUUGUAGAAAAGCAUUUUCUGAUGUUUUAUCUUUUGCAUUUGAGUUAUUAGCUUUUGUAGAGCAAAAGCUGGGUUUAGGUGGAAAUUUGAUGAGCCAUUUAAGAAUACAUACUAAAGAAAAACCAUAUUCGUGUGAAAUUUGUAAAAAGUCAUUUGUUCAGAAUGGAAAUUUAAAGAGGCAUUUGAGGACAAAACCAUAUUCUUGUGAAAUUUGUAAAAAGUCAUUUGUUCAGAUUGGACAUUUAAAGAGCCAUUUAAGGACACAUACAAAAGAAAAACCGUAUUCUUGUGAAAUUUGUAACAAGUCAUUUACUCAGAGCGGAAGUUUGAGGAAGCAUUUGGAGACACAUACUACAGAAAAGCCACAUUCUUGUGAUAUUUGUAAAAAGUCAUUCUCUGAUAGUGGAAACUUAAAUAGCCAUUUAAGGAUACAUACGAAAGAAAAACCAUAUUGUUGUGAAAUUUGUAAAAUGUCAUUUUCUGAGAGUGGAAAACUAAAAAGAAUGCAACCUUAUUCUUGUGAAAUUUGUAAAAAGUCAUUUUCUGUGAGUGUUUCUUUAAAGAAGCAUUUAAGGACACAUACUAAAGAAAAACCGUAUUCCUGUGAAUUUUGUCAAAAGUCAUAUUCUGAAAGUGGAAAUCUAAUGAGGCAUUUGAAGACACAUACCACAGGAAAACUAUAA